AUGCCAACGUACGUCCUGACGGGAGCCAACCGCGGGCUCGGUCUCGAAUUCGUGCGCCAACUAGUAUCCUCCUCAUCCAACAACAACACGGUCAUUGCCGCCGUGCGCAGUCUCCACGGCGAGCUGGACGACCUCAAACAACUCGCCGCCCAGGCCGCGGCGGGCAACAAGGUGCACAUCCUGGAGUGCAACACAGGUGACUUGAAGUCGAUCCACGCCUUUGGCGACGCCGUCAAGGAAACCCUCGGCGGGAAGCAGCAGAAGAUCGAUUACCUGCUCAAUAACGCCGGCAUCAACGCCACCCCGGAGCAGUCCAGCCUCGAUAUGACGGCAGACAGCUUGCGGCAGCACAUUGACAUCAACGUCAUGGGACCCGCAGAGACGGUCAAGGUCUUGCUCCCGUAUCUGGGCGAGGGCAGCGUGGUCAUGAACAUGACGAGUGGCCUGGGCAGUUGUGGGAAGAAACUGCCAAAGUGCACGACAUACUCGAUUUCCAAGGCCGCGCUGAACAUGUUGACCGUGCACCAGAGCGAACAAUUGAAAGACCGGGGCAUCAAGGUCAUAUGCAUGGAUCCCGGCUGGGUCAAGACGCGCAUGGGCGGCGAGGGCGCGAUCCUAGAACCGCACGUCAGCAUUGGAGGAAUGCUCAAGACUGUGCACUCCCUCAAGGACGAAGAUACGGGCAAGUUCUACACGUACACGGGUGACGAGGUGCCGUGGUAG